AACAGGACCGAGACAUGGAGCAGCGUUCAGUGGAUGCAUCCAUUGUGGAAGCGGACAUUGAUGAACAGGGAAGAGGGAUGGCCUCGGAUGAGGGUUCUGAUGCUGGUGGUGUUACUCAAACAAAGAAGAAGGGGGGUCCAACUUGUUAUCGCUGUAAGAAGCUAGGCCAUUGUGUCAAUGAUUGCUCUGUUACUUUGUGUGACUGUUGUCAGAAAGCUGGACAUGUUACUGUUGAUUGUCCACUUCUGAAAGCACCAAGGCCGAGGAUUGCUAUGUAUGGGCUUGGUCAUCCAGAUCUCUCCUUCUGGGAAUUGCCUCUCUCUGAAUCAGUGAGACCGUGUGUGGAAAACACAAGGCUUGGACGUGUGAAGGUUACUGGAGGGUCUCUCUCGAUUGAUGAAAUUGUCACACAAUUGAGAUGGAUUGUGGACACUGAUGAUCAAUAUCAGUGGGAUGUGCAGAUGGUCGAGGAAAAUAGUUUCCGAGUCAAUUUUCCGAGCAAACAUGACUUGGUAAGGGUGCAGCGGUUUGGUCGGUUCCAGGUUCCUGGCACUGAGAUACAUAUGCACUUUGAUUUUUGGAAAAUAGAUAUUCAACCAACAUGGACCCCGGAGGAUGUUUGGGUUCGGGUAGAUGAACUACCACCUCUGGCUCUUGAUGAUUUUUUUGACUAUGUGGGCUAUUGGUGAUGUCUUCGGUAAAACAAAAGACUUAGAUAUUGUUUUUACUAGAGCCAAUAAAGUGCUUCGCAUUCUGGUUACUUGUCUUGACCCUACUUUGAUACCCAACACUUGGGAUCUAAAAAUAAAGAAUGAUUUUUUUCGUCUUCGGUUUGAGGUAGAGGGUAUGCAGCGUCCACCUCCAACUGAUGUUGUGAUGACAGAUACUUCUAAAGAAGAUGAUGAAGGCAGUGGCGGUAAUGGCCAGAGUGAGAAUGCAUCAUACAGAGAUGCUACAAGGUCUAAGAUUAUUCCCAAUUCUGAAAACAGUGAGGGUGACAAGAGCCAUACAUCUACACAGAACAUUGGUAAUACGCUUGCAAAGUCCCCUUCUUUCUCAGCACAAAAUCUGGAGAAGAGUAAUGAUGUUAUACUGAAUGUUUCGAGCAAGCAAACUAAACACAGUGAGAAUACAGUGAGUGCUCAUUUUGGAGGAGUUGGUGAGUGCACCGAACAUGCCAAGCAAUUUGAUAACAGCCAGGCAGUUUUUACAGUACAGUCAUAUACGGCGGAACGUCGAUCGGAGAUGUCGAAAAGGGGUCCAGGGCAUGCAUGACAUGCAGCGCCUGUAGCCUCGCCUGCUGCUGUUAUGGCGGGCUGGACUGCCGCGGCGAGUGGACAGAUGGGGCGGCCUGGGCCUGCCGAAUCAGCGGUGCCGACAGUUGCACGCCCUGUUGCGUCGCGUGUUCUGGAGCCUUUUGUUGGGCUGAAAACGUCGGGGACUGGUCUUGCCGAACCAGCAGCGAUGACAGCUCCGCGCCAUGAUGUUCUGGCGCCAUCUGUUGGGCUGAAGGCACCGGCAGGCACUAUGCAAGCGGAUGGCGGAGCACAGGUUGGAGCCGUUCAGCCCAAUUUGCAUGGGCAGGGGGUUUCCCGAGACGGGGUUAAAACUUACUCACGAGAUAAGAUUAUUGCGUUCGGAGGAAUUCCUGAGCCAAGGACGUUGCAUGUGCGUUCAAGUGCGAGGAUUGGGGCUCAAGCGACGGCGGAUCACACGCAAAUGGAGCGGGCUAUGUAUGCUGCUCAGCGUCGGUCCGACCCAAGUACAUCAGGUUAUUCUUCGUGCGGCGCAUUGGCUACAACUAUGGCCAUUUUUGCUCCCGGUGGACCAGCGGGAUACCAUGGUUACUGGAUGCAACCGGCUCCUGGAGGUCACUCAGGAUUGCUAUUUCCAGGCUACUGGAUGGCGACACAUUAGCAGAAUUCUAGAUGGAUAGUUUUUUGUAUACUGUCCAUCGGCUACCGUUUUGUUUAGAUGAUUUAGUUUGUCUCAGGUUACCAGAUUGUCUCUUUGUAAUAAGUACUUGAUAUUGAGGCUUUUUUUAAUAAA